AUGCAUUCUAAAACAUCCCAUCAAAGACACUUGCGGCGUCGAGGCGUUCUCAUUUUCUUCCUGUUGGUAUCUACUUUGACCGAGGCUUUCCAGGUUGCACGAACUCGAUCAAGAUUUCCGUCCUGUCCGAUAUCCGGAGGCGCUACCUCUGCUACAAUUUUGUACUAUUCAAAUACUACGGAUGGAUCGGAAGUAGCGCAACGUAGCUUCCAAGAUCGCAUGCGAGAACUCGCACUACCGACAAAGAAUUUGAAAACCAAUUCUCGAGGUCCCUCCACGAAGUAUGACGUACAAGAGAUCACUUCUUUGGCACAAUAUAAGCGCAUCGUGGGUGACGAACCUUCCAAGCUGUCCGUCGUUCGAUUCUACGCUCCCUGGUGCCGAGCAUGCAAAGCAGUGGCGCCUGCGUAUUACAGUUUGAGCAAAAAAUAUUCUAACUAUGACGUGCAGUUUUUGCAAGUUCCUGUCACACGUGAGACAACCUCGCUCCACCAAGGCUUGGAAAUCCCUUCGAUACCGUUCGCCCACGUCUACCACCCUGUGGGUGGUUUGGUAGAAGAAUUACGCUUCACAAGAAAGCAUGUGACUGGAUUUGAUCAGAUUUUACAGUCGUACAAAGAUCGUUCAUGUACCUUGCCCACGGACGUGGAUCCAGACACAGGUGUCUUUUGUGCACCGUAUGAGCGAACUUAA